AUGACUCCUACCCCGAGCCCCAGAGUAACUCUCUACACCUACUUCCGCUCCUCGUGCUCCGCCCGCCUGCGCAUCGCCCUCGCGCUCAAAUCCCUUCCAUACACUUCCGUCCACAUCAACCUGCUCAAGGGCGAACAAACCGGCCCUGAAAACAAAGCCGUGAACCCCUCCGCCACAGUCCCCACACUGAUCCUCGAGUUCCCGAGCACAGAGACCGGGUCCACAACAAAGACAGUAACAAUCACUCAAUCUCUCGCAGCCCUUGAAUAUAUUGAAGAGACCUUCCCAACUCAAGGCGCAUCUCUCCUCCCACCAACCUCCAACCCAGAAGAGCGCGCUAUCGUCCGUACCCUCUCCUCCAUAAUAUCCUGCGACGUACAACCAGUGACGAACCUUCGAAUUCUCAAACGCGUCGCGCCCUUCGGCGUUGAUCGCGCGGCAUGGUCGAAGGAUCUCAUUGAGGAUGGGUUUGCGGCGUACGAGGCAAUUGCGGAGGGUUCCGCGGGGAUCUUUAGUGUCGGGGAUACGAUUUCCAUGGCGGAUGUGUGCCUGAUUCCGGCAGUUUGGGGCGCCGAGCGCGUUGGUGUUGAUUUAGCGAAGUUCCCUACUAUCAAGAGGGUUGCAGAGGCACUGGAGAGAGAGGCCACUGUUAGGGAGGGACAUUGGACGACGCAGGGAGAUACGCCGGAUGAGUUUAAGGCUUAG